ACCAGCCUACCACGAGCCUCAAAGUAAUUUCGCCUUUCUAUGCAUGUUUGUUCUCUGUGUAUCAAAACCACCGUACAAACCACUGCGAACCCCGCCCACCAUUUUUCCACCACCAACAAAAAAACAAAACAAUGGUGAAGCAACUCCGACUCCUCCUCCGAAAACCACCACCUAUUUUCACUAAAACCCCAUUAGAACCGCCCAAUUCAUUUUUUCUCUCCAACUCCCACUCCACUCUCUCUUCAACCCCAGCCACCGACGAAAAAUACACACCUACCUCCCAAAUCGACAUAGAAAGACAGGAAUUGUUGGAAAAUCUCCAAGUUCUUAUCCAGAAAUCCCGAUUUGACUCAGUUAAGGAACUCAUCAAACCGGUCGUCACUUCCAAAACCCUCUUUUCUUCUCCCUCGGAGCUCUGUGCCGCAUUUUCUCUCUUCAAUCCAUCGCUAACUUGGAGUUUCUACAGCUUGGUUUUGUAUUCCUGUGCUGACUCUAAGCUCCCAAAUGAAGCAAUGGGGUUACUUCAGAUUGUAAGGAAAAAUGGAGGUUUUCCUGGUAUGGAUGCUUUUAAUAAACUCAUUGAUUGCUUGGUUUCUACUCAACAAUUUGAUACUGUACUUAAUGUGUUUGAUGAUGCAUUGAAUUCUGGUUUUCGGGUUGAAAAAUUCGCUCAUGCGAAGGCUAUACAGUCGGCUGUUAAGCUUGGAAAAUUGGGGAGAGGUUUAGAGUUGUUGAAUCUGAUGAAGGAGAGAAAUUGUGGUGUUAAUGUGUUUGUUUAUAACGUUUUGAUUAGUGGGUUUUGUAAAGAUAGAAGGAUUAAGGAUGCACUCCAACUGUUCGAUGAAAUGUACCAGAGAAAUUUGGUUCCUACUGAGGUUACAUAUAAUACAUUGAUUGAUGGGUAUUGUAAGGCUGGCUGUCUAGAGGAGGCUUUUAGUUUGAAGGAAAGGAUGAAGCUUGAUAAUGUAGCUCCUAAUCAAGUUACCUUUAAUUCGUUGCUUAAUGGGUUGUGUAAGGUGCAGAGAAUCGAGGAAGUGGGUGAGGUAUUGGAGGAGAUGAAAUCACAUGGUAUCGUGCCGGACAAUUUUACUUGCACCAUUUUGUUUGAUGGGUAUGCGAAAAGUGGUGAUGCAGAUACAGCGUUGGGUAUAAUGGAUAAGAUGGAGUCUUUUAGUCUACAACCUUCUUUUGUUACCUUUAAUUCUUUGAUAAAAAAGUUCUGUGAAUCAGGUAACAUGGAGGAAGCAGAACAAUGGUUGGCAAGGAUGAGAGACAAGGGAGUUGCUCCCACUGUUGAAACAUAUAACAUUCUUAUUGAUGGUUAUGGCAGGAAUCAUGUGAUUGAUCGUAGUUUCGAGAUGCUGGAACGUAUGGAGAACUAUGGUUUGAAACCAGAUGUAGUAACAUAUGGCUCUCUUAUAAAUAGUCUCUGCAAAGAAGGUAAGCUUGUUGAAGCUGAGGUUUGUUUCGGGGAUAUGGUGGGAAGAGGGGUUCUACCAAAUGCACAUAUAUACAACAUGAUUAUUGCUGGUCAGUUUGAUGCAGGGAAUCUGCCGGCUGCCUUGGGGUUAUUUGAUGAGAUGUUGAGAAACAAUGUAGUUCCAACAUUGGUUACUUAUAAUACUCUUAUUAGUGGGUUAUGCAAGAAUGGGAAGUUACAGAAAGCUGAAGAUCUUAUUCCACAAAUGAUUGACAGAGGCUUGACUCCUGAUGCAAUCACUUAUAAUUCUCUAAUUCUUGGGUACUCUGGUGCUAGAAAAAUUUCAAAAUCCAUGGAGUUGUAUGAAUCUAUGAAGAAAAAGGGGAUCAAACCUACCUUAAGCACCUAUCAUUCACUAAUUGGUGUAAGCAGCAGAAAAGGCUUGUUGCAAGUAGAUCAAAUUUACCAAGAAAUGUUGGGUUUCGAUCUCAUUCCUGAUAGAGUUGUAUAUAAUGCCCUUAUUUUUGCUAAUGUGGAGCAUGGUGACAUUGAAAAGGCCAUCUCUUUGCACGAUGAGAUGACAAACAAGGGAAUUGAUCUUGACAAGAUGACAUACAAUAGUUUGAUUUGGGGGAACUUAAAGAUGGGAGAUCAGAAGAAAGUAAUUGAUCUUGUCAGUGAUAUGAAAGCUAGAGGAAUUAUUUUAAAGGCUGAUACUUACACUAUACUAGUUGAAGGACACUGCAAACAGAAAGACUUUGAUGGGGCAUAUUCUUGGUACCGAGAAAUGGUUGACAAAGGUUUUCUUUUGGCUGCCAGCAAAUGUAAUGAGCUUGUAAGGGGCCUCAGAGAAGAAGGAAGGCUAAAAGAGGUCGAGAUACUCUAGUCAGCAAUGAGUGUGAAUGGGUCGUGUUAUUGUGGCGUUGAAGCAGCUUUGUCUGCGUUGGUAGCUGAUAGCUAUGGAAAGAUCAAAUUUUGGCAGUGCAGUCGGAAGAGUAUGUGCAGAAGUAUAUGAUUAAACUAAACUGGAAAACCACGAACACAGACGGACUCUGGUCUUUGUAACAUUUCGAAUAACUCUGCUGAUCAGGCAUUCAUUCAACUUAUGCACAAAUUGUGCGGCAGGUAUGCUAUUGGGCAAGCACGGAAUACUGCUCUUUGGGAACUCAAACAGUAAUUAGCAGCAUACAGCAAGCAGUUAGAGUGACAAUCAGACGAGUGAUGAGAAAGAAAGUUAGCCAAGUUUAUAGAAGCUACCCCAAAACAUUUAAAGCUGUAGUCUGGUUCUGUUGUAAUUAGUGUUCAGUGAUUAAUUGUAAAUAUUAAGGCCUGAUGAAGAGUUCUUCCUAGAAGGUAUAUUCUCUGAUUAUAAAGUUGAUAAGUUGUAACUUGUAAGUUGUAAUUGUUGUUUCAGCAAUAAAAUAUUUACUUACCAAAAAUU